UAGAAAUCGAACGUCAAAUAAUAUUACUGAACAAAUUGUAUAUAAAUGUUGUGAAUUAGAGUGCGAAGCGAUUUAUAUGCAUUUGUGGAAUAUCAUUAAACGUUGGUUAUAAAAGAGAAGAAGCAAUUAAAUACUACGGUAACACUUAGUUAACUUGGACAUUUGUUACUUUACUCAAAGGCAUUCUUUAAAUAGAUCUAGUUUGAAAUUUCUCAUUGAGAAGUUUUUUUUAUAGUAAUAGAAUAGUCUUUCGUAAAGUGUCCCAUGAGAGUUGAUUGAAUUGCAAUCUGAAUUGGACGAUUAGUUGGUAUAGGAGAUGUAAACAUAGUAGCGACUAGCCGUGAGUGGCACCUCAGAGGGCUGCCGACGAUCGACUAGUCGCUGGCUUGUAUAAUUUAUUUAAGGCACGCAUUUUUUUUACAAUAUCCAAUCCUUGUUCAUUUAACUAUUUCUACUUUCCUGCUUUUGUAACUAAUAGUGAAAGCAUUAAGAGUGUGAUAUGCAGAAAUUUCGAUAUGACGCGGAACAUUUAGAAAUAUCUUGAAAUUGAAGUUAUAGCCGAUAGUUAACGACGGAAACUUCUCGUUAGCAUUCUUAUCAAGAAUUAUUUUGCUAUAAAUCAAAUAGUUUUCUGCGAGAUAUGUGUCAACGUCUCUUAUUUACAGGUAAAUCAUUUGUUUGUAGAUGUAUCGAAACCAAUCUAUGGGCAGGAAGCUAACGACUAGCAGGUAGUAAUCUAUUGCUCGUGAGAUAUUUCACAGAUAUGAGUGUAAAAUUAAUCAAUCGAGGGGCAGCAGUCCUACAUUUUUCUGAUCUUUUGAACAUGCAUGAUGAACAAUGAAUGUUACAGUUUCAACAAUAAAUAUUAUUUUGAAAAAAUAAAGAAUAAGUUAGAAUCAAAUGUUAUUGUAGCAUCAGUAGCAUCGCAUACAUCGGCGAAUUAUUUGACAAUAAUUCCCAAGAUGAAUAGAAAGAGUUCAGUCGAGGGUCAAGCGAGUCGUAACGACGAGCGUUAUCUUGUUGUUGGUGUUAUUGUUUAUUCGAGUGCAUAUAACAAAACUAAAAAUCGUGGUUUUGCUUUGUUGAAUAUGAAAGUCAUCGAUCAGUUGCUAUGACAAGAAGGAAAUUAUUACCAGAAAAAAUUUAAUUAUGGAAACAUUAAAUUGCUAUAGAUUGAGCUGAAUCUGAAGCGGAAGUGGAUGAAGAUAUUACGGCAGCUGUUCGAAUACUUUAUGCUAGAAAUUUAAUGAUGAAUACAACUGAAGAACAAAUAAAAGAAAUUUUGGAAUGUUUUAAGCCAAAUUCAGUUGAACGUGUCACGAAAUUAAAAGAUUAUGCAUUUGUUCAUUUCAAAGAACGUGAUGAUGCUUCACAUGCUAUGAAUCUUAUGAAUGAUCGAGAAACUGAUGAUCCGAUUGCUGAAGUUACAUUAGCAAAAUCGGUUGAUAAAAAUCAAUACUUUAGAUUUACACGUGAUGUUAGUCCCAGGACUAUUGCUGCGAAUUCACUAUUUGUUUUACCAACAAGUGCUGUUGGUCCAAGAACAACUGCAUUUGAUUUCACAUCUCAUUUAACAGCUAUUUCAUAUUUAAUAAUUCCACCUACAUCAUUAACUACAAAUCCAACACCAAUAUCUACAAUACUUGCAUCAAGAUUCGGUAAAAACAAAGAAAAGAAUAGAUUGAAUGGAUUUGAUCCUGAAGAAGGAUAA